UGAGGAUUGUCGGUGCGCUGCCGUGCGCACAGUUACGGUAGUGGUGCUGAUGAGGGCGAGGAGGAGAUGUGUGAUGCUGCUGUUGUGUCCUGCUGCCAUUUCAUCCGCCGACCGAUCCUCACGGAAAUAUCAAAUGCGGAGUGGAACCAUCUCGGAUCAUCUCUCGGUUUAAACACUCCACAGGCUGCUCUCGUCCCUAAAAACGGGUCACGUGCUGAUGUUGGACACGAGGCCUGGUUAAUGUGAUGCUUGUUAUUGGCGGGUUAUUUCUGUAACACCACCACUGCUGCUCUACAGGAUCAUUUGUAGGAAUCAUCGAUAUGGGGUUUGUUUUUUACAGACACUGAGCUCUUAACUUUAAGAUUGUAUUUUGGUGAGACAUGGAGACGAUAUGGCUUUAUCAGUUUCGCCUGAUCGUCAUCGGUGACUCCACGGUCGGCAAGUCGUGUCUGAUCCGGAGGUUCACUGAGGGCCGCUUUGCCCAGGUGUCAGACCCAACCGUGGGGGUGGACUUCUUCUCUCGCCUGGUGGAGAUCGAGCCGGGCAAAAGAAUCAAACUACAGAUUUGGGACACUGCAGGACAGGAGAGGUUCAGGUCUAUCACCAGAGCUUACUACCGUAACUCCGUUGGUGGGCUCUUACUCUUCGACAUCACAAACCGCCGCUCCUUCCAGAACGUCCAUAACUGGCUGGAGGAGGCCCAGAGCCACGUCCAGCCGCACAACAUUGUCUUCCUGCUGGUCGGUCACAAGUGUGACCUGGAGGCCCAUCGUCAGGUGACCCAGCAGGAGGCAGAGAAGCUGGCAGGGGCCUACGGGAUGCGCUAUGUGGAGACAUCGGCACGGGAAUCCAUCAACGUGGAGAAGGCGUUUGUGGAUCUGACGAGGGACAUCUUUGAGCUGGUACGGACCGGGGACAUCAAGAUCCAGGAUGGCUGGGAGGGCGUCAAGAGUGGAUUUGUUCCCAACACCGUCCAUUCCUCCGAGGAGGUCACCAAGGGCAGCCGGCAAUGCUUCUGCUGAUUUAUCUGGCUGCAGCAUGUGGGGGUGACAGGUAGUAAUACUCCAGUGGACUCCAUCUGUAGGAGAUCGCUCUCUCUCGCCUUGGCUGCACUCAGGCCAGUUUUUCGGGACUUGUAAUAUUUCCCCUGCUCAGUAACACACUUCUAUAUUUGAGACACUGUUUUAACUUUGGGGUGCCUGUUCAUGGCUCUUCGUUGAUGUCACUAACAGGCGUAGAAGCACAAGAAGCAUCCUAACCCUCUCACUGUUCUGUGUGCAUGUGUGUGUGACUGUAAUAACCCUGCUGUCUUUGCAGCUCUUACCAAACCUUCCGCUUUACUGCACUUUUUGGCCUUUCCUGAUGUGUACAGUUAUACUCCAGUUGUUGCCACACUUCUCUUAAAGACUGAUAAUGUCAGUGUAGUGUGUUUAUGCUCUCAUGUUAAUUUAAAUCUGAAUCAGUGAUGCCAAGACUGAGCCAUGCCUCGUCCUUUUCACGCAUAAUACUCAGAAUAUACUGCAUCCUUGUACAGACUAUAACCAGUGAGAGACGAGACAGAAAGAGAUGUUCACUGAUUGUACUGCACUAAAUCCAAGUGGCUUAAUACAUGAAGAGAGCAGACGAUAAUGACGAUGAACUCAAACUGAACCAAAGUUUGAGACUCUGUCAUGUUUGUCUGACUGCGACCUGCUGACGACUGCUGGAGGAAGAGUUUGCACUGUGAAAAAGGAAAAAGCUUCUGUAGCUGCUCACUGAUAGCCAUUAUUACCUGAUCAUAGCAAGGACUUUUUUAUCUAUAUGGUAAGUACCCAUGUUCAUGUUUACUGCUCUGUGUUGGUUUACUGGUGAGAACCGUAAAGCCUUUUGUAUGGAACCCCAAAGAGCCCAAUAUUGAAUACGUAAAAAAAAUAAUAGACUGUUUUAUUUCAUAAUGAAUUUUGUUCUCAAUGACCGUUUAUUUCAUGUGACAUUUUGUCGCGUACUGUUGCUCUUCAUGACAGUGAUGGUUCAACAGCUGCUGUCAAAUUUAACCAGUGAGCUCCAAUUCGCUCAAGUUAGCUCAACUUGCUUUGCUCGGGGGCCAUUUUUGCAAAAUGACAGGAGGCCAGGGGCCGGUUAGAGAAGUAUUUCACUGCAGUAGAAAGACACAAAAAAUUUUGAAAGUGCUGCUACAGAAAGGAUGCUUUUGCUCAAGAGGGAGAAAACCUACAACUACCAGAAUGCACUGUGCCACACCAGACCAAUAAACGCUCCCACUGGUGGGUGAUGUAAUGUGAUUAUGUCCAAAUGGUGACUGGUAAUAGAUCGUUUGUCGAGUGUAGACCCUUUUACAGCCAAGGUCACAAUGACGUCAGUUUGGUAGCUGGAGGCAAAACACGACUCCACCACAGGCGACAUAGGAGUCUUAAGAUGUCAUCUUGUUGUGUUAUUGGGAGCCAGAAUGAAGGAGUCAUGGCUCAAAACUUAAAUUUUAUCGGAUACCAGCCGCCACAGCCUAUCAACAAAAGCAAAGACAACUAUGGCUAAAUGUGAUAAGACGCAAGGACUGGACGGAGGUGAUCAUUAAAAAUGUUUGCAUUUGCAGCUCACACUUCAAAUCAGGUUAGGGAGAAAGUAUUUCCUGUUGUAGGGAUGAAUAACGUUACAUGUAGUAAAUGUUAUCAUGCUCACCUCAUCAGAAAUUGGGGAGGCAUUACGAGGAAUGUUGGAUUUCUCCAUAACGCUAAUGUUAGCUUUGAUAGCAAUCAAUAGUCCCCCCAGACAGAGUCCACUCUGCCUUUCUAAGAAUGCGGUACUCUGGAUAACCGAACGAUACAUUCAGACAGCGCAUCGAAUCUAUACACGGUCCAGUUUGUGCCAGAGUGCGCUCUGGCACUCGGAAUGAAUAUUUCUGAAUGCACCACUCGCAUUAUCUUCCUCCACUGUCUAAAACAAAUGAACAGAACUUGCUAGCUAGCACUAGCUAAAGUUUGUGGAGAAUUGUUUUGCCUCCAGCUAAGCCCCGCCCCCCAAAAAAUGUCAUUGUGUUUGUUAACAGUAAAAGUGCAGAAUGCAGAAAUGCAGAAAAUGUGGAAGUACAGCCUGUAGUUCGAGGAACACCCCAAGAGCCAGCGAUUACAUAAGUUACAUCAAUCGUCAGAGUUUCACCGCAGGGCAAGGAGGGAUAUCGAGGCACUGGUUUGAUGGAGGGAAGUUCACCACAGUUCAUUUAUACACACUGCCCACACUGUUUUGAUAGAAACUGGUUAAAGUCGGAGAAGUAUCCCUUUAAUGAACAAAGAAUAAUAUUUAUCGGAUAAAAUAGAUAAAUGAGGCAAAUUCCACACAGCAGUUGGGAACGUUUGUAGGAUUUAAGGACAUUCGGAGCCCAUGUCGAGGGGUCCAGGGAUCAAACAAGUUAUAUUGGGAAGAGUUUUACACACUCUGGCACCUUAUUUACAUUUAAAGUCCAAAAAUUCCCAGUGUGUAUCAAUGUAUCAAUGUAUCAAUGUAUCGAGGGCCAGAUUUCUCUCACGGGCUGCAAACUGAGAAUCACUGUUUUAAGUCUUGCUACGCCAGGCUGCAUAUGCUAACUACCUAGCUGGCUAACUAGCUUAGAGGAGUUGUUGUGAGCUUGUUAUUAGCAGUGUUAGCUAGGUACUGCUGGCAACCACACUGAAAGACUUUCUCUCUGUGAAUAGCAUCUUUGGGAUCAGAGUUCUGCCAAGGUAACUCUAAAUGAACCAGCUAGCUGAUGCUGGUGAUCGGUAAUAAUUCAAGCUCACAACCACACUUAGCUACUUAGCUAGCUAGUGAGGUAGCAUGUGCAGCCUUGUUAAGCUGCACAGGAGAUUUUAGUCUUGAUGUCCGUGUACUGUGUUUAAUUACAGCAGGUACCUCUGACUGGUUCAUUCAGAAUAACUUGGACAACGUUGUUGCUCUGGCUAACUGGAGCUAAUUGGCUUAGUUUUACAGCAGCUAAUGAGCCGUCUUUAGAGAGGCUGAGGGCUUUUGAUUGGCUGAUCAUGAACACCAUCAUGACAUAAAACAUACUUUUGAAAAAUGGCAUUUAUUUUAAAAAAUCCAUUGUCAAAUAAAAAGGAACUCCAAUAAUUUCACAAAAAAUAUUUGAUUCAUAAAUUGUUUAACUGUUUUUAAUAUUGAACACUUUGGGGAUCCAUAAUUUGGAAACUGAUUUCAUGAGUUUGUUGAACAUGGAGCCCGCUCUUAAACAUACACCUUCAGGUGAUAAUCUUCUCUCACACUUAUGCCUACAAUCCAUUUAUCGAUUCAAUCAUAACCAUGUCUAUAAUCAAUGCAUGUCUUCAUUUAAACUCAAAUUUUCCAAAGAAAGAAAACAAUUUUUUAUUUUUGAUAUAAUGUAAAUAGCCAUUUCACUCAGCACCUGGAGUCAGGAUAGAAAGAGCAGAAUUAAUGACAAUACAAAAAUGAAUUAGGAUUAUUUUAACCCCUCUACAGGUGCACAGACUUCAGGGCAGAUUGCUGGCAUUAAUAUUCACUAAUAACAGUUUAGAAACUACAAUCAAUGAGUUCAUGUGAUUUAACCGUGCAGUGGAAGUGUCUUUCGAGUGCCUUUUGGAGGAAAGAAGCCUAAUUAGCACACACAGUCAACUUCCUGUUAAUAGAUCCAACUCUUUAUCCUGUGAAUAUUAAACUGUAAGGUGACAAGAAACACAUUGGUAUCACAUUAGGCAACCUGUAAAUAAUUUAUUUGAAACCAAACCCUGACAAAGUUGACUUGAUGUUGUUGUGACUCUGGGAUUAUUAUAGCACAAGUGUCAUCAAUAGGAAAUGCCUGGAGACAUUAAUAAAGAUUUGCCUUGUGCAAAAAAAAAAAUUGGAGAUAGGCUGCUUUUUGUGGCAUUAAACUGACAUUGGUGUUGUGUAACAAG